UGAAAGGUGCAACUGGACGAGCGGGCUACGACACUGUUGUUUUCCUCUCAACGGUUAGGCCGAAUCUAGCGAUUUUAACGUGUUUUAGCAGGUUAAAAAGAGCGAAAGGACACAGGAUACGAUAGUUAAAUUAGGUCGUCAGAGUAAACUGGAUACAUUUCUUCACUGCGUGGGUUUUUAGACCCUGAAAGGACCGUUUUGACCUCCGUCCCUCCUCUCCUGACAGCUGUGUUUGCGGCGUGGAGUGCCGCCGUUUUACGCUUAAAGUUCAGCGAGCCAGCUGAGAUGAGCGGUCCCGAGGUCGCCAACACACCGGGAGGCGGAGCGCCAGGAAAGGAAGGAAAAGAGCCGGUGGCCAAUGGGCAUGCAGGUGACAGUCCUGACGCCAACCCGUUUGCUGAGUACAUGUGGAUGGAGAAUGAAGAGGAGUAUAACAGACAGGUGGAAGAGGAGCUGCUGGAGCAGGAGUUCUUGGAGCGUUGCUUCCAGGAAAUGCUGGAAGAGGAAGACCAGGACUGGUUCAUCCCUUCGCGUGACCUCAACAACCAGGGAGUCGGCCAGCUGCAGCAGCAACUCAACGGGCUGUCGGUCAGCGACCAUCACAGCAACGUGGAGGAGGUUGCGAGGAAGAGCAUCUUAAAUCCAGAGGCGAAGGAAUUCGUGCCAGGAAUGAAAUACUAGAAGUCCCCCUCACCCCCAUGGGGCCUCCAUGCACUCAUGAGCCCUUGCACAUCCAGAGACUCUUACGGCCCUGGCCGCACACAUUCUUAUUGUUCCACACACACACACACACACACACAUACAAACACACACAUUUAAAGUCAGUGGCGUGCCGGCAGGCCCAGUUGGGGGGUGGGGGGAUUUCUUUUCCUUUUCUUUCUUUUUCCUAUUUGAUCUUUUUGUUUUCAGCUUGUUUUGUUUUGUUUCUUGUAAACUGAGGGGCACUGGCCUCAGAUCAGGGGUGUGGUACCAGCACCUCCCUCCUGCUAACGCUAGCUCAUCGCUUAUUUCACAUGUUAUAGAUUGCCGUUUACAGAGCAGGCAGGGCACACUGUAGUUUCCUGGAAACUGGCAGCUACCUGAAGCGACACCAGGUCAAAACUUUAAUUGAAAAAAAGCUUUACGGAAAUGUUAAAUAUGUUCCAAUCAACAUUAACUGCUUUUCUUUCUUUCUUUUUUUUUUUUUUUAUGGGCAAAACCAUUUUCAGUAGGAAGAGGGUUUAAGCAGCAAACAAGCUAGAAAAACGACAAGAAUUUCAGGAAACUCCGGUAAAGUUCUGCACCUGCUUUGUAAAGCAGUCAGUCAUUUAAAGUGAUGAAAGCUGAGCACCGGCUCUGUUUCAAAACAAAUAAAGACCCCCUUCUCUCUCCCCGCCCACCUGGCAGUUCAUUUAGUUAUCAGAGCAGACAUGGACAGCUGUAAUCGUGGAUGACAGAUUAUUUUUUAGAUUUUUAUAUGGAUAUCCAGGUUUAUCUUUUUGUCCAAUGUAGAAGAGCCGAGGUGGUUAACGUCUAAAUCAGGCAUCAAGUUGAGUUUAUUGAAAGGAAGAAAAAAAUCUAGAUUGUUAUAGUUUAUUUUGCUGACGGCUUCAUGCUUGGUUUCAGAUUGGGUUCUUCUGGGGACCAGUUUUGUUACGCUGGGGGACUGGUUUGAUUUGAAACGCAGCAGCUGCCUCUUUCCGUUGGACCGCCUCAGUUACUCAGAUUUAGAGUCCGUAUCCAGAUCAGGCUCUCAGAUAAUUUUGUCUCCUUAUUUUAUUUUUCUUUCUUCUCCAUUCAUGUGUUUGAGGAUGAGCUGUUGGUCCCUACUGUGGUCUCCAAUAUGUCCUGUUAAAGAUAAACAUAUGAUGCAUCCAGGCCAUUCUUUUUAUUCCUAUUGGAUAAGGACAUAUUCAGUUCUAUAUAUAUAUAAAAUUUUUUUUUUUUUCUGGGUGAAGUUCUACUUUUAGACCAGAACUCUGUGUGUAUCAGGGUUUUAUUUUCCUUCUAGAUUUCAGGCUUUCAAUAUAAAAUCAGUGAAACUGUGAGGAAUAUACUUUGAGAAAUUCCAGUUCCAGUCAGCAGUAAUAUUUUCCUUUUUUUUUUUUUUAUCCGUCAUGUAAGCUUUAAAAUGCAGCAGCAGUAUUAUUGUUCAAAAGCCUCUGAUUAUUUUAUUCCCGGGUUAGCAAAUCAUCCAGGAAGCAGUUGGUGCUGUCACCGCCUCUCUGGCUUUAAACCAAGCAGCAGCAGAGACACAGGAGUUACGCUUUUCAAGGAGAACUUCCUCACAGUGUUGGACCACCGUAACCAUGGCACCCUGGGGAAUGGAGAAGCCAGUGGGGACCGUCCGCCAGGUGGAUCGCAUAACAUAAAAUCAUUUUUGGAGAUCUAUUUUUUUUUUGUCUGUUAGAUGACAGAAGCUGUUUUAAAAAAAGAAAAGGAAAAAAAAAAUCUGAAGACACAGUAUGGAUUCAAUAGAGUUAAAAAUGAUGAAAAAAGACAAAUAAAGAUGUUAAAGACAAA